UUUUCUUUGUUUUUGCCCUAUAUGCUUCAUUGGUUGCAGGAAAGCAAAGGGAAGGAUGCAGCUUCAUAUUUCACCAAGCCUGAGGCAUGUGACUGUGCUUCCUGGGAAGGGAGUGAGGGAGUUUAUUAAGGUGAAGGUGGCAUCGAGGAAGCUCUCUUACAGGAUGGUGUUCUAUUUUCUGCUGUUCCUGACCUUCAUGCUUCGGUUCGUGUUCGUCUUGACGGCAAUGGAGACGAUUGAAGGUGAAAAUGAGUGCUCCUCCUUAGAUGGUGUUUCUGGAAAAAGGCUUGGGGACCCAGAAAUAUUUUUGGAAGAUAAAUCUAUGGAAGGACCUAUCGGGAUUAUUUAUACUUUAGUGCUCGUCAUGAAGGUUCCAGAAGAAAAUAUACCGAAAAUUCUAGAGAAUCUGAGGUCAAGAGAAUCCACGGUCACCCUUCUGGAGCAGAAGACCCGGAUCGCCAAAAUCCAAGAGUUUCUUUACCGCCACGUGGCAUCCAGCAGUAUCCCCAAACCCCUUCACUGCCUCGCCCUCCGCCUCGCGGCCGAACACUCCACUAACGCCGCCGCACGCGCUCCACUCCCCUCCCCAGACCUCGUCCCCGCCCUCGUCGACAACUCCCGCCGCCACUUCGUCCUUGCCUCCGACAACGUUCUCGCCGCCGCCGCCGUCGCCGCCUCCCUCGUCCACCAUGCACUCCGCCCCUCCUCCGUAGUCCUCCACAUCAUCACUGAUCGCAAGACCUACGCGCCCAUGCAGGCAUGGUUCGCGCUCCACCCGCUUGCACCCGCCGUCGUGGAAGUGCGGGGGCUCCACCACUUUGACUGGUUCGCCAGGGGGAGAGUUCCAGUGCUGGAGGUUAUGGAGAGAGAUCGAGAGAUGAGGUCUCAGUUUCGCGGCGGCUCCGCUGCGAUAGCGGCGAGUGACGGGGAGAAGCCGGUGGUGGUGGCGGCGAAGCUUCAGGCGCUGAGUCCGAAGUAUCAUUCGAUUAUGAAUCAUGUGCGGAUUUACCUGCCGGAGUUAUUUCCAAGCCUCAAGAAGUUAGUAUUUCUUGAUGAUGAUAUAAUAGUCCAAGCUGAUCUUUCACCUCUUUGGGAGAUCGAUCUCCAAGGUAAAGUUAAUGGCGCAGUUGAGACUUGCAGAGGUGAAGACAAGUUUGUAAUGUCCAAGAAGCUAAAAAAUUAUCUGAACUUCUCCCACCCUUUGAUCUCAAAGACAUUCAAUCCUGAAGAAUGUGCUUGGGCUUAUGGCAUGAACAUCUUCGACCUCGACGCCUGGAGGAAAACAAACAUCAAAGACACAUAUCAUGAAUGGAUUCAGAAGAACUUGGAAUUAGAUUUGAGCUUGUGGCAAUUAGGAACUCUGCCUCCAGGUCUUAUAGCAUUUCAUGGCCAUGUUCAUAUAAUAGAUCCUUACUGGCACAAGCUGGGGCUUGGAUACCAGGAGAAUACGACGCGAGAUGAUGCCGAGAAAGCUGCUGUCAUCCAUUUUAAUGGCAGGGCCAAGCCUUGGCUGGAAAUUGCAUUUCCUCAGCUCCGGCCUCUAUGGACAAAGUACAUUGAUUUCUCUGACAAAUUUCUUAAAGCUUGUAAUAUAAGGCCUUAGUUACAGAA